GACACAAUGACAAAUGCUUUUUAUAAUAGCGCAAUUCAAGUCAGCUCCCCAUCUUUAUUAUUAAGUCUAACACUAGUGCAUAACCCCACACUGUUCACUAAUGGCAACAGAAGCAGACAUUGAAACAUUCCAAGCAUUCCGCGUUUAUGAUUUCGACAAUGACGAAAAGUUUCAGAGUGGCAUGGCGAGCAUUUUAAAACGUGCCGAAGACGAUCCUUCGAGUCAAAAUGACGUUGUUGAGCGUGCAAAGUGGUUCUAUUAUACAAAGUUUAUUAAAAGCUUCGAUCUGGAUGAGUACCGAGGAUGGAACUCGAAUGAUGAUACUGGCAGUAGCAGCGACAAGAAGGAUGGCAUAGCAGCAACAGCAACAGAAACGGAAGAAUCCAAGGAAACGAAUGAUAGUAGGGAUAGCGAAUCAGAAAAGAAAGAAGACGGCGAUAAACCACCACGGUUCACUUUCCAAGAACUUGUGGAAAUGAUUGAAACGGGGCAAGAAAUUCCAGGCAUUCGCCAGAUCCCUAAUAAGAUCAAUGAAGGCACGCCGAGUGAGCCGAAACUUUCGGUCCGACGGAAACCUUGGGAGUCAGCAGCAGCAGCAACUCCAGCAGCAGGAGAAGAGGCACAACAACCACAAGUAGCAACUCCAGCAACAGCAGCAGCACCAUCUUCUUCAUCAGGAUAAAAGGAAAAACAUAGGAGGGGACUUGUUGCCUGACGAUGAUGAAAAGACAUUAGCAUUUCUUUGUCCAAAACAAGGAAAAAUUGUCUUCUUUUUUCUUUUUUUGUAAAUAAUUCUGCAUGGCAGCAUGGAGAGCCGACAUGCUUCUUCUCAUUUUUACUUUUCAGAGACUUUCUCUACAAUUAAAGGGGGAAAAGCUGCGAUUUGAUUGAGGAGGAAAAGCAAAAAUUUAGUUCAUGGAUAUGAUAUUACCACAGGAGAAGAAGACAAG